CCUAAAGGUGAAGUAAACAUUGAUAUUUGGUAAAGUUAUUUUUGAGUUUCUCUGGAUAUUUUGCAAUAAAUUUACGGAAAAAAUAAUUUACGACUGUAUCGAGUGGAAAUCAUGGCUAUUUUAAGCUUUUAAAGCCUUUUUAUGGAUUAAUAACUUUGUUGUUUACAUCGAUUUAAGAUAUUGGCAACCAUGAACAUGUAAACGUAAACAAAUCGAAAGGCGCGAAAUAACAACAAUAAAGCUGAAGUCUGCCGCAAUUAAAUUUAUUGGAAGAAGUGUGACUGGAGAAAUAAAAAUAUGGAUUCUGAUCAAGAGGAACAACCCAAUAAAAGAAUAAAGACAGAACCUAAAGAAGAUGAAAUAAAAUCCGACAUCAAGAAAGAGGAAACCCAACUAGAUGAAAUAGUACAAUCUACAAAAGCGAGUAUAAAGCAUGAGGAGGACGAUGCUGGCGCAGAUUGUAUUGCUACUAUCGAUAAGAUUGACUCACUAAAAUCACUUGGUCCAUUUAUUGCUGCGCGGGACAACUCGCAAAACAAUUUGUAUUUCCAAGAUUUACCAGAGAUUUGCAAAAGUGAACCAUGUAUGUUGGGUGUGGAUGAAGCUGGUCGUGGUCCGGUACUCGGCCCGAUGGUGUACGGCAUUGCGUUCUGUCCAAUAACUAGUGAGCAGAUAUUGGUGGAUUUAGGUUGCGCAGAUUCCAAACAACUGACGGAAGAAAAGCGUGAGAAUAUAUUUAACGAAAUGAAUAUUGCUGAGACGCCACGUGCUUGCUUAGGAUGGGCGGUGGAAUUAAUAUCACCUAAUGUUAUUAGUACUAGCAUGCUGCGGCGUUCUAAAUGUUCACUUAAUGAAGUUUCAAUGAAUUCAGCGAUUGGGUUAAUACAACGUGCUGUAGAGGAGGGAGUUAACAUUGCAGAAGUCUAUGUUGAUACUGUCGGACCACCAGAAAAGUACCAAGAUAAAUUAAAGGCUAUAUUUCCCCAAUUUAAAAUUACUGUUGCCAAAAAGGCAGAUUCCACUUACCCCAUUGUUUCAGCCGCUAGUAUUUGUGCAAAGGUAACGAGAGAUACGGCUUUAAAAGUGUGGAAAUUUCCUGAAAGUAACGAGUUGAACUCUGUUAAAUUUGGCAGUGGUUACCCAGGUGAUCCAGUUACUAAACGUUUUCUUACCGAAAAUGUGGAUAUGUUCUUUGGCUUCCCACGACUUGUACGCUUUAGCUGGGCUACGGCGGAGAACGCACUUGCUGAUAAAGCAAUGGAAAUGGAAUUCGACGAACCGGACGAUCAGAAGCCAAAGUACGCUGGUCCUAAGUUGACGCAGUUUUUCAAGGGAGCAACAAAAACUGGCGCAGUGCAGCGCAAACCUUGCCGAUUUUUUAAAGAGCGCUUUUUAAAUAAUGUCACAGAUUUCUAAUUAGUUAGGUUGAACAACAAAAUCUCAAGAAUGUAUGAUUAUGUAUAUGUAAGUCACUAAAUUGGAUGUUGUUUUAUUAUGUUUAUAAAAUGUUAAAAUAAAUUCAAAAUAGCAAUUAGAAUUAUAAAGGAAUACUCGUAAGCGAUAAGUCAUUCUAAAAUCGCAACACCGAAAAUAAAUUUUGGAACUUUGCCAAUAAUUAUUAUAAAUAAAAGCGAUUACUAAGAUCCGAGUAGAAA